CAGCCGUUGGGUCACGUGGACUUCUAUCCCAAUUCGGGGACCCACAUGCCAGGAUGCAAACUCACAUUUGAGGAAGCUCUCGAAAUGGAGAACGGUUCUGUCGUCGAUGGUAUGAGACUAUUUGUGGGUUGCAACCACAUGAGGGGCAUCGACUACUUCAUCGAAUCCAUCAAUUCUCCUUGCCCUUUCCUCGCUUUUGAGUGUUCCAAUUAUGCCGAGUACACGCGAGGAGGCUGUGGGAGUUGUGGCCAAAGGGGAGAGAAGUGUGGAAGAAUGGGAUAUCAUGCCAAAGAAGCCUGGAAACCAGAUUUCUACCAAGGGGAAUCCCGGAAAUUCUACCUCCUCACCGGCCGUCGUCAUCCAUACUGCCGGGUGACCCACAUGGUGACGGUGGUCGUGGCGGAUCACCAGAUCUCAGACGACCAUGAAGACGGUGUCGGCAGGUUUUACAUCACUCUUCAUGGAUCUCGUGGCUCUUCCUCUAGUUCGCGACUCGGAGAGGAGUAUGCACAUCAUUUCAGCAGAAUUUUCAGUCAAGUUUAGUUUGCAG